ACCCGUGGUUCCCGGAUGUACAGUACUGCUGCACCUCCCCCCUCCGCUUCUUCUCUCCACCCCUCCGCCACCGCCUGCUUGUCAAACCCGAACCUCCUCCUCCUCCGCUUACUGUCCCCUCCCAGCGGGUCUCCCUCCCUUUGCCACUGCAGUGAAAGCCUCGGUAAAGGAGAGAGAGACGGCGAAGAGAGAGCCUUGAAGCUGGGUGUAAAGACCAGGACGAGACCUCGCAGAGAAACCACCGCCGUAUUUAUUUUUUUUCUAACUUGUAUUUCUCGCCUCAGCUCGGCGGCCCCGCUGACUCCCGCAGUUGUACCUCUUUUCCGCUAAACAUCGCCUGGAUUUCAUCAUCCGACCUGCAAGAUGGGAAAUGAAGCCAGUUACCCCCUGGAGAUGUGCUCGCAUUUCGAUGCUGAUGAGAUUAAGAGGCUAGGGAAGAGGUUUAAGAAACUCGACCUAGAUAACUCUGGCUCACUCAGUGUGGAGGAGUUCAUGUCUCUGCCGGAGCUGCAACAGAACCCGCUGGUGCAGAGGGUUAUCGACAUAUUUGACACGGACGGGAACGGAGAAGUGGACUUUAAAGAGUUUAUUGAGGGAGUCUCACAGUUCAGCGUCAAGGGCGACAAAGAACAGAAGCUUCGAUUCGCUUUCAGGAUCUACGACAUGGACAAGGAUGGCUACAUCUCCAACGGCGAGCUCUUCCAGGUGCUGAAGAUGAUGGUAGGCAACAACCUGAAGGACACGCAGCUCCAGCAGAUCGUGGACAAGACCAUUAUCAAUGCAGACAAGGAUGGAGACGGCAGGAUAUCCUUCGAAGAGUUCUGUGCAGUGGUCGGUGGUCUCGAUAUACACAAAAAGAUGGUGGUGGACGUGUGAGCGCUCUCUGCUUGCUGAAUCCCCCCUUUGUCCUCAACACUCGCUUUCUCCACCAUCUCUGAAGAUCUGCUCAAGACGUCCGGCAAAACGCUCUCUGUGUAACUCUAUGGAAGUAUUCUCUCUAUCUCUCUGUCUCUCUAUCUCUCUCUCUUUCUCUCUCUCUCUCUGUGAAGCCACUUUUUCUUUCAAAAACCACAGGCCUCGUGAAGCCAACUUUGAAGUGUUAUUGAACUGUAAAUCCUCUCAAUAACCCGGUCGUAGCACUUUAAGAGACUGAAGGACAUCUAUUUGUCAUUUGCAAGAGCAUCUCCGGUUUUGGAUGAGGGGGGAGAAAGGGGGGAAAAGAGGGAGCAGUGAAGAGGCUGGUUGGCUUGUUCAUAUUUCAUCCUUUUUUUUUUUUUUUUUUUUUUUUUUUUUUUUUUGUUAAUUGUUAUUUUUGAUAUUUAUUUUUUGUUCUUGUCUUUUAUAAAGAAGAAAAAAUACAAGUAUAUCUAUGGUUGUCUCGUGAGGGGAAGUGUGUAGUGUAUUCAACACUUGACUUGCAGUACAACUAGAAAGUAGGGUAUGAAGUGCCAACCAGAACAUAUCCAGAAACCAGUCCAAGUUAUUACCAGUCAUCAGCGCAGUCAUUCACGCCGGACUAACUGGCUUGCGACACUUCCAGCUGCACGCGCGUGUCACAUUUAGAUGCGAAGCAAAAAUUUCAGAUUUCUUUUUGUUCUCCGUUUUCGCUUACAGUUUGGACAGACCAGUAAAGCUUCCAGUCACUCUUAGCAAAAGCAACUUUUCCUUUUUUGUAAUAGUAUGUAAUAGUUUUAUUUAUACGUAAGAAUGUGUUUAUAUUGUUGGAGAUUAUCCUUGUUUCCUGUCAUGAAACUAUAGGUAGAUACAUUAAUGCCAAGAAAAUGUCUUUCCAAAAAUAAUUUGUGGCUGCAAACUGAUACACGGUUUACUCUCGACGAAGCAUUUCGCAUUUAACAGUGUGCAUCCAUAAGACAAUCUCCAAUGCAACGAACAGCUCUGCACUCACACUCACUAAUGAAGUAUAGUGGAAUCACUAGUAUUUCAAGACUUUUAUUUAAUGUUAGGAACAGAGGCUGAAUAAUGGUGAGAUUAUACACUGAGACUUAUCUGCAGGCAGCGUUUUUGUAACCAGUAUGUGUAUAUUAGGUAAUCAAUGUGUGCUCAUCUUAUUUAACAGCGAGCGGGGACGGCUUGGCCUCUGCUUAACGUGAGCCCUUCUCAAUACGUCUCGGUGCAGCACAGGACGGGUCAGAGCUUUUCUUCAACACUUAAAAUCUUAACACGUUGGCAUGAUCGGUGUGCAAUGGGGUAGACUGUAUAUUGUAGUUUUGUUUUGUUUUUAAACGUGUACAUUUCAAAAGUUGGCUUCUUCUCCCACUUCUUUUUUUUUUCUGUCACAAUCACCUCAUUUUUCUCCCCCCUCCCACCCACUAAUACAAACAGGGAGAAAAAAAAAACAAAUUACCUAAAUUCAACCAAAUUUUAAUUUCCAUGGGAAAAAAUGCUUCCUGCUAUAGAAACAGCAUUGGGAUUUUGUUUUGCUUUGGAGGCCGACUGCUGGUCUGAACAGGAGUUCUCAGUCAGAGAUGUGAAUCUGGAGCGCUCUAUCGUCCCCUAUCCCAAAGCUCUGCACGGCUUGGGCCUCCCUGUGCUUGCAUGACAUGGAAGUAUAUUUUUUUUUUGUUGUGCAUGUAGAUCAAUUUUUUGAAAUAAUCCUCUUGUUUACACAUGGAUGGUGAUGUUAAUAUAUUUAAGAAUUUAAUGGUAUACAAUAUGGAUGUUGCCAAACUUUGGUAAAUGUACACAUAUUAUGAGAGGUAAUCCAAAUGAACUGAACUACAUGUAACUUUUUUGUAUUUUACCCGGGUCAGCGAGAUGCUUCGAUUCCAGUAAAAGUUGCAUAUCUGAUCCUGUCUCAAACUGCCACACACUGUACUCAGCUUAAAGGGGAAAUUUGAUGUUUUUUUUUGUUUUGUUUUUUUCUUUCUUUCUUUUGUAUAUAAGUAUUUGUUAAAUGCAGUUCUGGCUCUCUGUUCUCUGUAUAGUUCAGACCGCGCUUUAGUUUGUAAGUGCUACUUUUUCUCUGAGGGACUUGGGUUCUUUUUAGUUUGUGUGGGGAUAUCUGAAAAGAUUUAAGUUUGAGAACCUUUUUUUUUUUUUCCUUUUUCUGCAUGCUGCAUCUUAUGCUGUGGGACUGUUGGAAACUUGAUACUGUAUGAAAAUUAAAUAAAAUUUAAAUAAACUUUGAAAUGUUGAAAGUAA